AUCGGCCGCCAGGCAGAGGCGGCCGCCAUGCUGGCCGGACUCCACUCCACUGUAGUCAGUGUAGACUUGAAGUUGGAGUCUUCAGCGGCAGGAUACCUGGCGCGAAGCGCAGUUCUAGUUAAGUUCUCAGCCACUGCCAGUGCUAUGCAUCAGUGGUGCAGCAGAUCCUGGAGAGAAGUUGAGCCGUCAGGUUUCAGCAGCUCUCCCUGUCAACUUAGGUACAAGUUUACAGGCGUCCUUCAUUCAGCUGCUCUUUUGAAAUCUGGUCAUAUCGUCUAGGUUGAUCCUCGGCUCCUUCGAUCGUGCCAGUUUUCUGAGCUGAGAGGGUGAAGUUUUGCGGUGCUGGCGCCUUACUCCUUGUUGUCCUUGCCGUGUUGCUAGAGGGCAGGACUGUCACGCUGUCUCAAAGCUGAAAAAGCUUUGAAUUUAUUGGCGCUAGUGCUGGAGUCGAGCGGAGAUUGACAAAGAAGCCUUUGCUUUUCAACUGGUUCACAAUGAAGGCUGGCGAGGAGGGCACCGGCAUGGUGCACAACUUCAACGAGACAGUGGCCAACUCGGUGGUUGGCCGGUACUUCAAGCUGAAGGAGAGGGGCUCCACCUUCACCUCGGAGAUGCGUGCGGGCCUGGCCACGUUUCUGACCCUUGCCUAUAUCCUCGCCGUGAAUUCUGCCAUCCUUACAGAUUCAGGGGGUACAUGUCGGGCUUCGGACUGCACGCCGGACGCCUGCUCGGAUGCGACUGUCACAGACCUUGCCCAGUGCGUGGGGACCUACUUCAACGGCACCGACACUGUUCCCAGGGAGGCCAUUGUCGGAGCAGGGCCAGGCUGCAUCUUCCCCCCCGAGAAUGAGGGCUAUGCGGAAUGCCUGCGCGAGACCAAGAAGGAUCUGAUUGUUGCCACCGCUGCCUCGUCCCUGAUUGGCUGCUUCAUCAUGGGAUUGGGAGCCAACCUGCCCCUUGCUCUUGCCCCAGGGAUGGGCACAAACGCCUACUUCACGUACACCGCUGUCGGUUUCCACGGUACUGGCCACAUCUCUUACCAGCAGGCGCUGGCUGCCGUCUUCCUGGAGGGUUGGUGCUUCCUGCUGAUCGCCGCCACCGGCAUGCGCACGCGCAUCGCCAAAAUGAUCCCCCUUCCCGUCAGAAUUUCCACUGCAGCAGGCAUCGGCAUGUUCCUGGCGUUCAUUGGGUUGCAGCAGGGCCAGGGCAUCGGCCUGGUGGUAUCCGACAGCGCCACUCUGGUGACGCUCGGCGGGUGCCCCCCCUGGAAGCAGACCAGCUUCGCCCCCGUGAUGCAAGUCAAUGGCACACUCACUGUGGCCCCUGGUGCGAACGCGUCCGGCAACUACCAGUGCAAGAGCGGCCGCCUGCAGUCUGCCACCACCUGGCUCGGGAUCACCGGUUUCCUGGUAAUUGCGUUCUGCCUGGUCAAGAACGUGCGCGGCGCCAUGAUUUACGGCAUUGCAUACGUCACCAUCAUCUCCUGGUUCCGCGGCAGCUCCAAGGUCACCUACUUCCCCCACACCGACGCCGGCGACGCGCGCUUCGAGUACUUCAAGCAGGUAGUCGACUUCCACGUGAUCAAGAAGACGGCAGGCGCGUUCGAUUUCACGGCCAUCAACAAGGGCAACUUCUGGGUGACGCUCAUCACUUUCCUGUACGUCGACAUGAUGGACACCACCGGCACGCUCUACUCCAUGGCCAAGUUCAUCGGCUUCGUUGACGAGGAGGGCAACUUCCCGGGGCAGUACCCCGCCUUCAUGUCGGACGCCACCGCGAUCGUGGUCGGGUCCGCUCUGGGCACCUCUCCCGUGACCGUCUUCGUGGAGUCUGCCACGGGUAUCCGCGAGGGCGGCCGCACCGGCCUCACGGCGCUGACUGUGGCGUCGCUCUUCUUCGUGUCCCUCUUCUUCGCGCCCAUCUUCGCCUCCAUCCCGCCCUGGGCCAACGGGCCGCCCCUCAUCCUGGUUGGCGCCAUGAUGAUGAAGGCCAUCGCGGAGAUCAACUGGAACGACCCGCGCGACGGCAUCCCCGCGUUCCUGACCAUCAUCAUCAUGCCCCUGACGUACUCCAUCGCGUAUGGCGUCAUCGCGGGCAUCUGCUGCUACAUCCUGCUGCACAUUCCCGACUACCUCUACUACCACGGCCGCAAGCUGGCGGGCAUGCCCGUGCCGGAGCCCGAGGCCGAGUUGUCGCCAACCGGGAGCCCCCCGGCCAAGCCCUACCAGGACACCGGGAUGCCCGAGCACAAGGUGUAAGGCGCCCGGGGGAGUCGGUUUUGAAGAGCCCGGGGUUCUGCGGUUUAUUGGUUGGAUGGAAGGCUCGGAAAGCUGGGGUUGCGCCUCUGGAGAGCCAGGAGAAUGAGCCCGGGAGCUCGGGGAUGCGCGCCGGAGGGUGGCUCGAGAAGGGGUUGAAAGGAUGUUGUUCGCGCAUUGACGACCGGAGGUGUUUGAAGAGCCCGUGGUCAUAUGGUAUACAUAAAGUGAUUAUUCGAAGGGGCCGAGUGCAAGUGUAGCACGGCACUUGCGUUCACUGAACAUUUCCUGUGCUAUUGAAUGCAACAUGGUAACUAUCUAGCACGUUAAACAGGGUUAUUAGGAGCUGAUUUAUUAUAGUCGAAAGAUAGGUCUAUAUCUAGAAGUUGUCGAUUGUCUGGGCUUGCAAUACUGUAGUAAACUUACACGGAAGCCGUCAAUAUGGUCUAAGACAGUCGGGUCCGAUAGUAAGCUGCGAAAAUGAAGAGGUAACAGAGCGAAAUGUACACUAUUUUAGUUAAGCUGCUUAUCAAGAAGCGUUGGCAUGUGCGCAAGUCAAACGUCUAUAUUUGCAAUUCCUUCCGUGCAAUGUUUUUCAAUCCAUGGUCG